AUGCGUUUGCUGCAAUUGCACCUUGAUCCUUAUUUGUCGUUUAUGCCGGCCUCUACAACAGUCCGCGGCCUAGCAGGAAUGUCGCCGAACCGCAUGUCCUCAGAAUCGUGUUUGUGGGUAGGCAACUGCAGUCCGACAGCGGAAACGGGAAUAUGUUCUUCCCUGCACGAGGAACCAAUGAUCUCAAAUGACUCGAUGAGCAUCAUUGACGCUUUCAUUCGUCACCUUCACGAGCCCGCUCCCCCGGUUUCUCCUAGGGCUGCUUGUCCUAGGGUUUCUAGUCCUAAGGCUCCUAGUCCUAGGGCUCCUAGUCCCACGGCUGGCAGUCCCACGGCUGCUAGUCUCAUGACCGCUCGUCUUACAGCCGCGAGCCCAAGAACGGGUCGCGCAAGACACGCGGUGAAAAUCAGGAACUGGUCUUCUUUGUCCCCGAGAGCUCGUCCGAGAGAUCUGACGAAGUAUGACUCCAACGGAUCGUAUAGCGAGAAGUUCACACCCCGCAGAUCCUCUUGGAUACAUCGUGCACGCUCCACUGGGUCUCAAUCUCGGAGACUCUCAACAAGUGACGAAGAGCGGCAUGAUCGAGAAGAUGAGCGGCGAUGCGAACCAGAGCCAGAACCCAAGUCAAUCUCGAGAACAUCGCCCAUAUGUUUUGUAGAUAGUAUGAUCCGCACUCCCCCGAAUCAAGAAUCCCGUGGAGAAGAUUCGACAUGGUUGAAUUUCUGCUCUAUACUGCACGUCCUCCCCGCUCGUCUUCUCUUUCGAGCUCUACUGGAAAACCCCGGACCCGGCAUUUGGCUAUGUUGGGGGGAAUCUCGGCGACUAAGAACAGCGCUAGAAUCCAUUCUCCACCGCUCCCUGGGGACUCAUUUCGGGUCUUAUAUUGACUGGACAUUGAUUUGGCGCUCUCCUAAGGGCGAAGUGCGCGCUCGCUCAGUUCUGGUUAAUGGAUCGGUAUUCAAAGAAUGUUACGGAAAAAUUGGAGAAAUCCCGAUCUCAUACAAAGGACUAUCUCAUGGACACCACAAAUUAUCUUUUACAGACGAUGAGGCCUCGAUCCACCUGAGGAAGAUAAGAGACUUUAAGACGUUUGUGAAUUUACUAAUUUGA